CAAAGUCUUGAAUCUUUCGCACUUUGACCCUCGUGAGUUCGGAGUUAGCAAGAAAAACCCUCAAAAUAGGAUUUCUUUGGACCUUUUUCCGCAAUUUUCACUCCCGACAGUACCAUGGCGACGAAAAAAUCAACAGAAACAUACGACGAUCCCGAAUUAGACGAUUUAUUAAAUGAUGCCUUAGAGGACUUUAACAAGCACGACACAGCGACAAAGACAGAGCAGGAAGCAACGGAGGCAGCAACUGACAAUGCCAGUGAGUUAUGGAAUGCGGAAUUUAUGCAGGAACAAGCAAAAGUGUUCCAAGAAAGCAUGGCAAAACUCUUCGGCGAGGGCGGAGAUCCCGCAGCAGCUGACACCGUCGCGCUCGGCUUCCAAAAAAUGGCCGAAGCAGCAAGUAUGGCGAUGAAAAACGACCACGAAGGCUUAAGCAAAAUGGAUCCCGAGUUCGCCGAAAGCAUACAAGAAGUGCUAAAAGGCUUAAACGAAGGCACCGAAGCUGCACAAAACCCCUUCAACGCCGAGGAGCUUGCCAGCAUGUUCCAAGGCCUCGACAUGGGCGGCGAAAAUGGCGAAGCAGCCGGUUUCAUGCCUUUCAUGCAAAGCAUGAUGCAAAGUUUGCUCUCAGCGGAGAUUCUGUUGCCAAGUUUGAAGGAUUUGGUGGAAAAAUACCCAAAUUACCUGAAAGAAAACGCCACGAAACUCUCAAAGGAGGACAAGGAAAAGUACGAAAAGCAAUUUGGAUUGAUCAAAGAAGUCGUAGCUGAGCUAGAGAAAGAAAAAUCAUCCGAUUCAGCGGAUGUGAAGAAGGAAAGAUUCAACGUUGUGCUAGAAAAAAUGCAAAAAAUGCAGGAUUUGGGACAACCGCCUGCGGAAUUGCUCGGCGAUGGAGGCGGCGCAAGUUUACCCGGAUUCGAUCCGGCAUUAAAUGACCAAUGUUCGGUUAUGUGAGCGA